ACCUUCCUCGAGGCGUUCACUCGAAAACAAAAAAAAAACAUUACAUAUAGGAAAUAUUGACCCAUCAAGUACUCCUCCCGAACUCCCAUGUUCUCGACGCGCACUCCACUGCUUCCACUUCUAUACUUUCUAUCCUGUUGGAGGUUCCGAAAGUUACCAGCGUUAUCCUUUUUUGUGGGGUCGAUGAUAAUACAGCUCUGCGGAUCUUCGACAACCCGCCUAAUCGCUGAACCCGAAGCGUCGUCCGUUAAACACAUGAUAUCCACACCCUUCCCAAGCACAAAUGUUCGACAAAUGUAUCCUACGCAAACUAUGCUAGCUUCAUUAAUAGCGUCUCCAUCGAAUGACUCGAAUACCGAUAGCGACACUCAUACUGAAAAUCCAGACUCUAACCUAACAGACCCCGGUGCCACCCUACCUCAUCCAUCAAGGGUCACUGUGGCUUUCCUCAUACUAGGAGUGGGCUUAUGCCUAUUUUCAAUCUACUUCCUCAUCACCCACCACCCUCCAUCCCAUGUAAUAAAUAAACACGUCAGACCAACCAUCUCCCACAUCUCCGAUCGUCUCCCCAACUCCCUCGUUUUUCUCUUCCAUCGUCUCGCCGUGCUGGGAAACCGGCUCAGCGCACAUUUCCCCGGAAUAAGUGGACAGAAACUAAUACUAUCAGCUACCAUCUUCGGACCUUUCAAUUCCAAAUUUCAUCGUAACCGCCGUCGCCGACGGCGAGGAGGUCCUGGUCCUUCCCCUAGUCCUCUCAGUCCUCUCAUUCCUUCGAGUCUUUCAAGCCCUUCGAGUUCAAAUUCUUUCCGCGUAGGUGAAGGCCGAUUAGUACAAUGGGCGCAAGAGGAUAUGGGGGUACUACCUGAUAUAGAGUCAGGGGAGUCAAGACCGGGGGAGUUUGAAGCAGCUGUAGAUUUUAUGGUUAAUGCUGAGGAUCCUGCGGAAUCUGAGGAGCUGGUGGAUGAAUAUAUCCCGUUGAGUGUGGGUAUGGGAUGGAAAAGUCGAUUUGGGCUUGGAGGGCCAAGGUCGGCUGGGGGGAUGGUGCUGCCGGUGCGGAAUUACGGGUCAGCAACGAGGUGAUAGACCAGCAGACAAGUUUUAUUUUCUCGAAUUAUUGUAUGUGUUUUGGCACAUCCGUAGAUGAAGUUUUACAAUGCUACAGUCUUUGCUAUGGAUAGACUUCCUCCUUUCUCUUCGCCCACCUUCGCCGCUCGUCCCC